AUGGCUGAAGAAUCCGUCCCUUUAACUAUUAGCCAAGGCCAGAAGAAUUAUAAAACAAGUUUAAAUAAUGAAAGAGAAUCUUCUUAAUUUUUCUGCAAUAAGUGUUCAAAAGUUUAGGAAUCAAUGAUUGAUCAUAAAGUUGGAACUUGGACAUUAAUUUGUUGUGGUAUCUGGUGCAUCUUGACAUUCAUCGGAGGAUUGAUACCCUUUUGUUGUAAACCCUGCAAAGAUGUCGUUCAAUAUUGUCCAGAGUGCAAUCAAAAAGUAGGAGAGGCUCCAUUUACUCCUUGUUGA